AUGGCGCCGGCGACAACGGGCGACUUCUCGCCGCCCGGCGCUGCGGGAUACAGCUCCGACACAAUGGCGGUCGGCGACGGGACGUGGGACUUCUCCAGGAACACCUUCCUGCUUCCCAACCUGCAAGGCCUCAACUUUGACACCAUGCGCUACAAUGGAAUGGGAAAUCGUUUCUCGACCCUCUCCCAAUACCACCGCAUCGUCGUGGCGCAUGGAGUCAUGGCGGCUCUCGUCUUCCUCCUCAUCGUGCCCAGCUCCGUCAUGAUGGCGCGCUUCUACUCGAGGCAGCCGGGCCAUGCCGUCGUCUACCAUGCGCAGCUGCAAGUUCUUGCAGGCCUCAUGCUCCUCGCCGUCUUCAUCCUGGGAUACUUUGCCGUCGGGCCGAAGCGAAGCUUGUCGAAUCCCCAUCACGGCAUCGGGGUUGCUAUACUCGUGAUCUUCAUCCUCCAACUGGUCGGAGGUCGCCUAGUCCGCCACAUUGCCAAAAUUCGAUCGCUGCGCAUCAUGAUUCAUCAAUGGUCUGGGCGAACCAUUGCGCUCUUGGGCAUCGUCCAAGUGCCUCUGGGACUCACUCUCUACGGCUCGCCCAGAUAUCUCUUCAUCUUGUAUGCGCUCUGGAUGACUUUCCUCCUCUUCGUGUACUUCGUCCUGAGCUAUCGGUCCGCCGGUCGCCGCGAGCUCUACAUGAGCGGGGCCCACCCCAAGCCUCAUAAAGAAGGAUGGACGAGAUGGUUGGGACCGCUGGCAGCCGGCGCAGGCAUCUGGACCAUGCUGCGAAGGCGGAAUAAAGACCAGGGCCAAGGCAGGAGCCGGAGUCGGGCUCGGUCGCGGUCCUACAGCAGAAGCCACGGGCCAGAGGUCAUCCCAUCAAGACGCGGGUCUGAGAGCUUUCUCGGCGAAAAGUAUUCUGAGACGACCCCCCCACGGAACCAAGGGGGCGGGAUGAUGAAGGUGCUCGGAGGGGCUGUCGCGGGCCUCGGUGCUGGGAAGCUCUUCUCGAGCUUCACGAACCGACGGCAAAGUCGACGAGAUGAGGAAUACUCUGCCGUGUCUACAGAGACACCCCGACGACAGCGAUCCAGGCGAGGCGCCCCGACAAUGAGCGAGUUAAGCAGCGACUACACCGACGACUACAGGCAGGACCCUCGCGCCGUGACCAACACGACUCUGCUUCCACCGUCGGCGAAUCCACCACCCAUUGUCCAGGGCAGAAGCGGCAUCGACGACAGAGACCUGCGACGCCCCGUGACGCCCCGCCCCAUGUACGCGCGUGAGUCCGUUGGCAGAGAUUACGACGAGUCCGACUACUCGUCUUUUGUGAGCCCCUCCCGCCGGCCGGUCACCGAUAGAUCGGGCGGCGGCUUUGCCAAAGGCAUCCUCGCUGGGCUGGGAGGCGGUUGGCUCGCCAAGAAGAUGGCGGACAGGCGAGCGAGGAGGGAAGAAGAACGCCUGCGAGAGGAAGAGGAGAUGCGGUCUGGGACGCAGGCCCCCAGAUACACCGGUGACGGAUACCUAUCACCGACGAGAAGGAACUUGCGGCACCCUCCACCCAGACGUCCCACGGGCCGGGCGGGAGACACAGACCUGUCGGAAAUCACGGAGUCGUCGGUAGUCUCGCGGCCCGCGGCCGGCAGCCACGGCGCUCCAAUGCCUCCGCCGGCGCCCGGGGGGCACUCCAAGUCGCGGCCAACCGAUCCUCGGGACUUGUCACGCUCCGAAGUAGAAGGCUCGAACAUGUCAGCAGAUGGCCGUCGCCCCCAUCGAGGGUCUCCUUCGCGACGGACGAGAGCCGUCGAGCGUGCGGCAACGGCAGCGGCGGCACGGGCUAGCAGUCUUGCCGCCGACGAGGAACGCAGCCACCUCGACAACAGGGAGCGCUACGGCUCGCCGCAGAGUCAGCCGCUCAGCGUUAAGCUCAAGGUCCACGACGACCGGGACCGCAACGUGACGCUCAGGCGGUUGACCGAGGAGGAGGCCUUGGCGACGCGCGGGCCAAGGGGUCACGGCGACUCGAUGAGUAGCCUCUCGGGCCUUGAAGCACCCGGUCAAGGUCGGCGAUACCGGAGAGACGGGAGCCAGCAACGAAGGAUGGAGCGGGCGGCGGAGCGUGCUGCAGAGCGUGCCGCUGAAGAGGAAGAUCAACUGGCACCGCUUUCACCCCCCCACCCGGCGUUCGCCAAGGGAGCCCGGCGAGGCAAGGACUCUGCUUAUUUUUCGGGACAGCCCGGCCCCUCGGGUGCAGCGCCGCAGGCCGGGCAGACCGUCUCGAGCCUAGGGAGCCCAGAAAGCCACGGGACGUGGAGCCAGAUGAGCCUGUCGCCCAGUGGACCCGGCGUGGCCCCGGACUCUGCGGCAGCCGACGACAGGCGGCGUCGGCGGAGACAGGAACGGAGAGCAGCGGCUAGUACCGCUUCGCGGCCGUCAGGACAGGACAUGUUUGAAUGA